UAUGUGACACAUCUCACAUAGGCUAACAACAUCAUUACACCACCACUAUGCAAUAUUAUUCCUCAAACUUAUAUCUUAGUUGUCAUCUCAUGGUUCACAUUAUUUACACCACCCCCUAAGUUAGCUAGCUACCUCCCUAAUUUUCACUCCACAUGUCCCACAUCGAAACCCCACAAACCAGUCUUCCACUAUCACCAUCAUACCCUCUCUCUUUCUCCUCACACAUAUAUAAACCCUAAUUUCCUCAUCACAACCAACCCCUCCAUGGACAACAAAAACAACAUCAACACCUCUCCCUCCUCCGGCGACUCCUUCUCCUUCGUGAGCACGCCGACGGUUGAAUCGGACUUUGAAUUCGGGUCCCUCACUCCGGACUCCCCCUCCGCCGAGCCUUUCGCCACCUCCCCCGCCGACCACCUCUUCCUCAAUGGCCGUCUCCGGCCCCACUCUUUCCCCCUCCCUAGCAGCCGCACCAGCAGCACCAGAGACUCCCUUUUCUCUUCACUGAGCAACAGCACCAACAGCAGCUGUAGCAGCGCCAGAACCAGCUCCAGCGACAGUUCUGAGCGAAAAUCCUUCCACAACAAGCUCAAAGGUGCUGCAUUUAUGUCAAAAACUCCCUCCCAUUAUCAACCAUAUGGCUGCUCACAAAGGUGGCAGUUUAUAACUCCCAUGCCAGCGUUGAACCGUGAAGGCUCCUUGAGAAGAAGAACCGACACGAACCAAGUGAAGGACAAAGGGACCAUGAAGAAGAAGAAGAAGAAUAAGAACAACAAGAAGAAGAGUAAGAAGGAGAAUAAAGGGGUUAGGUUGAGAUUUGGGAGGAGGAUUCUACGGUGGUUUGUGAUGGCUUGUAGAGAAUGCCACGCCAUGGAACCGUCCAAGCGUUGUAACAAAGACGUUUGAUGACAGACAUGUCGUCACAUGAUUGGUACAUAACUUUGUCUGAUGAUAAACAUGUGAUCAAGAGUUCGAUCGUGAUAAAAGAGACAACUAUGUUAAUUAACCCUUUCACUGGGUCUUACUGGAAGGAAAAUGUGAAUAGUUAGUUCUGCAACUUUUGUUUAGUUUUUUAACUUUUUUUUCCUUUUACUUACAUGGGAGUUUGGGAAGAUAUCUGUGAAAUUGGUGAGAUUUAUGCAUGUGGUUGCCACAUGAAAUAGUUUAUUAUACUUGUGGAAGAAAAAAAAAUUACUUACUGGAUUUUGGUCUCCAAUGAACUCUUAUGGGAAGAGUGUUGAAGAAAAUAAUUUUGCCUAGGAUUGCGUGUGCUGUGAAAUUGUAUUUUUGGUAAG